CCUGCGCCCUUAUAAGUUAUAACCUUUCGGCCGUCAACAAUCUAUUCUGAUUACAAUUUUCCCGUUUUGGCCGAAUAUAAAUCUUGUAAAGUGUUCACGAGCUUGGAUCUCAUCGUAAGAUGUCGAAUCCGGCGAGCGUGACCAAUUCCCUCCGCCAGCAGCUCAUGGUACUCAUCACAUCAGGAGGCUCGCACAAAGACCAAGCCGAAAAAUACAGGGCAAUAUUGGAAAAUAUUCUUGCAACUCCACAUGAUGCUAUUGAAGAACCUUUAAAAGUCUUUAUAGAAGCAAUUGUAAAUGAAAAUGUCAGCCUUGUCAUAUCCAGACAAGUACUGACGGACAUAACCGGCCACUUGCUUGUGCUUCGGGAGGACUCUUCCAAAACUAUUUCUCAUUUUAUACUUGACAAGGUACAGCCAAGAGUGAUUUCUUUUGAGGAACAGGUGGCGAGCAUUAGGCAGCACCUUGCCAGCAUCUAUGAACGUGAGCAGAACUGGAAAGAGGCUGCUAAUGUUCUUGUUGGCAUUCCUCUUGAAACUGGCCAGAAACAAUAUUCAGUUGAUUACAAGCUGGAAACUUACAUGAAAAUUGCACGUUUGUAUCUUGAAGACUAUGACCCGGUUCAAGCAGAAGCUUAUAUCAAUAGAGCUUCAUUGUUACAAGCUGAAUCAAAAAACGAGCAACUACAGAUUUACUACAAAGUUUGUUAUGCCCGUGUGCUUGAUUAUAGAAGAAAAUUUAUCGAAGCGGCUCAGAGAUAUAACGAACUUUCUUACCGCACCAUCAUCCAUGAAGAUGAAAGAAUGACUGCUUUAAGAAGUGCUCUUAUCUGCACAGUUCUAGCUUCAGCAGGCCAACAGAGAAGUCGAAUGCUAGCGACAUUGUUUAAAGACGAACGAUGCCAACAGCUUCCUGCUUACAACAUUCUCGAAAAGAUGUAUUUGGAUAGGAUAAUCAGAAGGAGCGAACUGAAGGAAUUUGAAUCUCUUCUACAACCGCACCAAGAAGCGCAUACUUGCGAUGGAUCGACCAUACUUGAUAGAGCAGUCAUAGAGCACAACCUUCUCAGUGCUAGCAAACUUUAUAAUAAUAUUACGUUUGAGGAGCUUGGCGCCCUCUUAGAAAUUACACCGACUAAGGCUGAAAAAAUUGCUAGUCAGAUGAUCACCGAGGGCAGGAUGAAUGGUUUCAUCGAUCAGAUAGAUUCAAUAGUUAAUUUUGAAACACGGGAAGUUCUACCCGCUUGGGACAAACAGAUUCAAUCACUUUGCUACCAAGUCAACCAAAUAAUAGAGAAAAUCUCCAACACACAGCCUUUGUGGAUUCAGAAAGUGAUUGAUGAACAGAUGGUACAUUGAAUUUAGAGAAAACUGAAUUACAAUGUUGAUACAAAUAAAACAUAAAUUUUUAAAAGGGGAUGUUUUGGUAUAUUCUAUGUAUAAACUUGUCAAUACGGAAUAUUUUUCCUUAAUUUUGAGUUGUAUUUUUCAUCUGAUCUGUAUCUUAAAUAUAUUUGAAAAAUAAAA